AUGGCUUCACAAAACAAUAUCAAUUGGCCUCCAAAGUCUCCUCUCGAAGCCCUUCUCAGCUCUCCUAAAGGGAAACAACGUUGGCAGGAACACAGAGACCGCAUCACCCAGGACCGCGACCGCGACAUAUCGCCUUCUCCUCGCAAACAGCCGCCUUCCUCCAGCAAAGCCCUACAAGACAUCAUGGCCAUGUCCGACGACAACAGCGACGACGACGAGGAGAUUCUCCAACUUCAACUUCAGGCUAUUCAAGCAAAGCUCAAGUUGAAGAAGCUCCAGAGACAAAAGUCGUCGCAAAACACAAAUGACGAAGACUCGAGACCAAGCUCGGAGAAUUCAAAUUCACCACGCAAGAGACAAAAGACCCAUUCAGCAGCCUUCGACCCUGCCGUUCAAGUCACCGUAUCACCCAUCAAGAGCCAUAUGCCGCCUCCCGCCUUGCCUGACCCAACGUCGCCAGCACGCGUUCGCCUAGGCAUCGACAAAGGUCUAAAAGCAGCCGACGUUUCGUUAAAAAGAGCUAGGAAUGGUUCCACCUUGUCAACCAAGAACACAGCCAGAACAACUCUGCCCGCAGAGCCUGAGAGGCCAAAGCAAAGUUUCAGCGAGCGUAUUGCGGCAAAUCGUCUAUCCGCAGAGCAACAACAAGCCAAAUACGAAAGAAUCGAGAAGGCAAGAUCACAAGGCUUCGGACUCGCUGCUCAAGCUACACCUCGUGCGACCAAAGAGACGACGCAAUCAAGACCACAACUAUCACGCACGCAGAGCGAUAGAACAACCAGACAACUACCCACCGAAAGCAGUACUGGCAGCUUCAGUCGUUCAAUACCUACUUCUUCAGCCUCACAAAGCCCUUUUCUCUUCUCGUCACUUCAUCUUUCUAAGAGGAAGCUGCCACAUACGACCUUGGCUCGCGCUUUAGACGGUAAAGAAGUCUACACCCUGCCUCGAUUGUUGAAGGAAGUAGUAGCACCGAUCUACGAGCCUCCAAGUUGCGAAACUGACUUUGUCGUUCUGGCUGUUAUUGCUUCAAAAUCAUCUCCUUUCGACACUCGACCGAAGCAUAAGCAGACCUCAUCUGUCGAGGAUGACGACCCGAGUUCGACGAAGUUCAUGGUUAUGACGCUUACCGAUCUGCAUUGGGAGGUUGAUUUGUUCCUGUUCGACACCGCCUUCGAAGCUUUCUGGAAGAUGACCCCGGGGACGGUUAUUGCUAUACUGAACCCGUCAAUUAUGCCCCCGAAAACCAAUCAACAUUCAGGCAAAUUCAGCUUGAAGCUUGCUAGCUCCGAAGAUUCUGUCAUGGAGAUUGGCUCUGCACGAGAUCUCGGAUUCUGCACAGCCCUCAAGAAGGAUGGCAAAGAAUGCCACGCUUGGGUCAACACACGCAAGACCAAGUUUUGCGACUUCCACAUUGAGCUAGCGGUUAACAAAACGCGUGCUUCACGCAUGGAGGUCAACACUAUGUACCAUCCCAACAGCAAAGAUUACGAAAGCAAUGAGCGAUACUUUAUGGUUCCAGGCUCUCGCACCACCGCCUCCCUUCUCGAUCAAGACGAUUAUGGCAAAGCAGACGCCCUGCGUCGCCGCCUGAAAGACAAAGAGAAGGACCGCCUGCUCGCUGAGAAACUGGGUCAGAUGGGAAAUGGCAUCGGAGCAGAAUACUUGAGGACUACAACAGGUGCCCCGAAUGCCAGCAGAGAUACACAUAUGGACAACACCGAUGAAGAUGCACCUUUAUACAAGCCAUCGGCCGCAGAGCUUGGCCUAGUCAACAAGAAUGCCUCCCAGGUCCGCCUCAGUCCGGCCAAAGACCGUAGAAAACUCUUCUCUGUCCUCCCUGGUGGCACAAAGACUACAGCUGCAGGUCCGGAAGCCAUGGGUUGGGGAGGGCAUGCGAAAAGAGGCUUAGGUGAAACAUCUCGCAAACGCGAUCUCAGUCCAGAGAAGGGUCAGACGAGGCUCCAUACACACACACGACCUAGCUCUAUUGCUUCUCCGAAGAAAGCUAGAUUCCAGCUUGCAAAAGGCAUUCGAGAGCCAGGAAGAGAUAGUCUGGAUGCUAGGGCUGUCCUCGACGACAGCAGUGAUGACUUGGAAAUCAUCUAG